UUGGGUCUCAAAAACAACAUAUCCCAGUUUUGGGUCGACCCUUUUUCUCCUUUUCUUUUUUGCGAGUCUGUCGAUGAGCGACCUCCCCGGCUCUCAUGAGCGACCGUCGCCCGGCCGAUUUCUUUCAGACGAUCUGCUUGAGCUCCGAUUCUGGAGGCGUCGUGAGGCGUCUUGCGACACGGGAGAAGUGGCUGUGACCAGCUCCACUUGCUCUCGAGGUCGAAGCCGCGAAUGGCGCAGAGGAAGCCAGCUGCUGCAGAUGCUACAGCAGAAGGGGCUAGAGCUCUCAGCAGUGCCUUUCAAUGCUGCCAUGCGCUACAG